AUAUUUUGUUUCAUUGACGCAAUAUCAUUUCGCUCAAUUUUAUCAAAGUAAAAUGGUGUAAUUAUUCGCUAAUGAAAGUUAAUUUACACUAAUCGAAUUUGCAUAACCAACUUUUGAACUGUUACAUUACUCUGUAACAUCGUUCAUCGACAAAAUUGGACUUGUUUUGCCACAAAAAUGACUAUCGAAUGCAACAAAGACGAUGCAGAUCGAUGUAUAGAAAUCGCUCAAAAUGCUUUAUCCGCUGGAAACAUUGAAAAAGCUGAAAGAUUUCUAUUGAAAGCUGAACGUUUGUAUCCCACAACACGCGCUAAAGAGUUGCUAAGUCGUCUUAGAGCUGCGGGUAACGCGGGCGCAGCUUCUAAACGAAGUCCACCCAAUUCACCAAGUGCUGAAGAUGUUAGGCGCAGAAAGUCUCCUUCAGAUCAACCACCACAGAGGGAGUACACUCAAGAACAAUUGGAAGCGGUCCGCAGGAUCAAAACUAAAUGCAAGGAUUAUUAUGAAAUUUUAGGUGUGUCAAAGGAAGCCACAGACUCUGAUAUAAAGAAGUCCUACAAGAAGCUUGCUCUGCAAUUACAUCCGGACAAGAAUCAUGCGCCCGGAGCUGCCGAGGCUUUUAAGGCAAUCGGUAACGCAGCAGCAAUCCUAACGGAUCCUGAGAAACGCAAGCAGUAUGACUUGCGAGGCGAGGAACCCGCACACAGCCCGCAUCAUCAUCAGACAUACUAUGCACGAGGGUUUGAAUCAGAUCUCACUGCAGAGGAACUGUUCAAUAUGUUCUUUGGUGCAACCGCGUUCUCUGGCGGUGGUCCUACUGUGUACAGUAGACGGCGCGCGCGUGAGCCGGAGCCCCGAGACUCACACACCAGCCUGGUGCAGCUGCUGCCGGUGGCAGUGCUCGUGCUGCUCUCCAUGAUGUCUGGCUUCUUCAUCAGCGAGCCAGUCUUCAGUCUCACAGCCAACUCUAAAUAUCCUGUGCCCCGGGAGACUGUUAACUUGAAGGUACCAUAUUACGUAAAGGAGAACUUCCAUACUGACUACCAGGGCUCUGUGCGACGACUUGAGAUGGCUAUAGAAGAGGAAUACAUUGUCGGUCUCCGCCAUGCAUGUCAACGUGAACGGAAUUACCGCGACAGUAUGACAUGGAAGGCUCGCAACUUUGGUGACACGCGCCAGUAUCAGGAGGCGCAGAAGUUGCGCACACCCAGCUGUGAGAAGUUGCAGAACUUGCAGCGGUAGACCUGCAGCACCUGUAUGUAUACUUCAGUCAUGACCAAUCUAUGAUCGGUCAUGAUCAAUCACAGUCACGUCACGACGAAUCACAGAUUAGUCAUUGGAUUUAUUAAUCUUGUUAUAUAUUUAUUAAAAUUGGAAUGUCUGUUGUGUCU